UGUUUACAACCAGCUGACAUCCGGCGUCUUCCCGUCCAUCAGCCACCGAUAUCCACAGCCAACGAUAAUCCAUCGACACUCGAUAUUUUCCUCAUGAAAACCGCAACCCGCUGAUUCCUCAACCCAACUGAAUGCUAAAGUCCAUCUUAACCAUCAGAUGCAGGGCUCUGGCCCCGUCUCCAGCAGCUGAAGCACACCAGUCCUGUCCUCUCUGCUCCACGUCCACGGCCUUCCUCCUGUCUGAGCCAUGACCACCCAGAGGGAUCUUGAUAUGGUGCACCUCCGCCUUAUCCUGGUCAGUGGGAAAACACAAGACUUUACUUUCACCCCAAAUGACUCGGCCACAGAUAUCGCCAAGCAUGUGUUCGAGAACUGGCCCGAAGGCUGGGAGGAGGAGAGGGUGAGCAGUCCCAGUAUACUGCGCCUUAUCUUCCAGGGACGCUUCCUUCAUGGCAACGUUACCCUGGGAGCUCUAAAGCUGCCACCGGGCCGAACGACUGUCAUGCACUUGGUUGCCAGAGAGACUCUUCCGGAGCCGAACUCUCAUGGUCAAAGGAACAGAGAAAAAACCACAGAGAGCAACUGCUGUCUCCUCUUGUAAAGCAACAGAAGCUGCCCCCCUCCCCCUACCCUCUACCCUCUACUCUAACCUCCCACAUACAUACACACAUAACACACACAUAAACAUGCAUACACCCUGUUCUCUCCUGCCUGUCAUCCUCUCAGCUGUGGAUUUGGACUAAAUCACAGGAAGUCUGGUUGGGGCUGUCACCCGCUUCGGUUGAACACUUGUCCAAUCUGAGGCUUCUUUUGUGCCAAUAUAGUCACUUUUUGCCCCCAAUCUUUUAUUGUAUCCGGAGAACUUGCUGUUGUUAUUCCUUUUUAUUUGAAGAUCAUAACAUUAAACAGUACCUACGCCCCCUCUACCGGAUGUGUUCGCUGUUGGACAAGUUUUAAAGAGCCAUCGUAUGUAGUGAAAAAGACGCAGGAACUCUUCAUGGACACAGACUUGCUAUUAAGGAUGUGUGAGCUAUUACUCUUCCCUACUAGUCACAUGGAUGUUUCCCCAGGUCUUACUGAAUGGUGUUAACCCUCUCAUUGCACUUAACCAGUCUGUUAAUUCAGAAGUGUUUAUUUUGUUUCAUCUUCAUUUUCUUUCCCCCAAUGGCUGUUUGUUUUUUUUUUUUGUUCUUUUGGUCAGAGGAACAGACCCCAAAUUCCCCACAUGGUAGAAAAUGUGCCAUCCUCUUCAUGAGACUGUUUCUGCCUCUUAGUAACUGAACCGAUCGGUCUGUAUCAGCACCAGUGGCGUUUGUGCCAUUACGUUACACCCGUUUGUUCCUGGCAGUGGACAACUGGAGAAAAUACUUUUAUUAAGAAGAGCAUUGUAAACACCUGAGGGGGCGUACAGGUCCACGAGAAACAGGAACAGACUCCCGGCGAGGCUUGUGUGCCAUCAGGUGUCUUGUUCGCACCUCUGGCUUUGACUUUAUGGACUACACUGUCGAUGCUCCCCUGCAAACGGGAGCCGACGCGGCAGGCCAGUUAAAUGCAGACAGAAGAAGCGGUUGAAGAUGAGAGGGAGGAGUGCCGUGGCCGUGAGACCUCCCUCUACUGGACACUGAGAAUGAGGCAGGGGGAGAGUUUCUCCCACUUGGAUGAAGAGUUAAAAGGAAAAUAUUUGGUGGUGUUUCACCUCCUUUUCAUUUGGAUGCUGUCUUUACUUCUUGUUUGCCUUUUAUUGUGGAAUUCAGUAAUAUCAUUAAUAUUGAAAUUUAAAUAUAUCAAUUUUUAUCUUGUGUAUAGGUAUUUGUUCAAUUUUAGUGUGGCUGAGUUUGUGUGUGAGCGUGUCUGAGGGUGUGUGAUGCACGUGGCAUACUGUAUGAGGACUAGUGAGGGCAUGUGGUCUCUAAAACAAAAGGUGGUGCACUGGGAGUGUUGAUGGGCUGCGGUUUCUUCAGAAACAGUCGGAAACCUUUUGAUUCCUUCCAUUGAGUGUCCUUUGGUUUGUGUUUUGUCAAUCAGUGUCACUGCUAUGAAGUUUAGCUCAGUAUGAAUAAAUGUAAAAACUAAAAAUGCAAUGUGGUCUACAUAAAAGCUUGUAUUAUAAAUUAAUAAAUCUUUAAAUAAGGCAA